GCUCUAUUACCUUUCCCUAUUCAAAUAUGGCGCAGUAAAAGCCAAGGUUUGUUUUUCAUGGGUGCAAAGUAUGUUUAAGUGCAUUAACCGAACCGCCCAGUUUAAGAGAUACAUCCACUCAGCAGGCAGCAGUUUCUCUAUCAAGCUCAAUUUUAGGCUGGUGUCAUCCUUGCCUCUCAGAAUGACCGACCCGGCUGUGAACAGGGUGGUUAGUGAAAUCAUUCGCUCUCCGGAAGACAAACGGGUUUACAGGGGCUUGGAGUUUACCAAUGGCCUGAAGGCGAUGCUCAUCAGUGACCCAACCACAGACAAAUCCUCAGCUGCUUUGGAUGUCCAAAUAGGUUCAUUAUCAGACCCAUCGAACAUCUCAGGCCUGGCACACUUCUGUGAGCACAUGCUGUUUCUGGGAACAGAGAAGUACCCGAAGGAAAAUGAGUACAGCCAGUUCCUCAGUGAGCAUGCCGGCAGCUCCAACGCCUUCACCAGUGGAGAGCACACCAACUAUUACUUCGACGUGUCCCACGAGCACCUGGAAGGAGCACUAGAUAGGUUUGCCCAGUUCUUCCUGUGCCCUCUGUUUGAUGAGAGCUGUAAGGACCGGGAGGUGAACGCUGUGGACUCUGAGCACGAGAAGAACCUGAUGAAUGACGCCUGGAGGCUGUUCCAGUUGGAGAAGGCCACCGGCAACCAAGACCACCCCUUCAGUAAAUUUGGAACAGGUAACAAACUGACCCUGGAGACCCGGCCGUGUAAAGAGGGGAUCGACAUCCGUGAAGAGCUCCUGAAGUACCACUCCACAUAUUACUCCUCCAACCUCAUGGGACUGUGCGUGUUAGGGAGAGAAUCAUUAGACGAUUUGACCGCCAUGGUGGUUAAGCUGUUUGGAGAAGUGGAAAACAAGAAUGUACCUGUCCCAGAAUUCCCUGAGCACCCCUUCCAGGAAGAACACCUAAGACAAUUCUACAGCGUGGUGCCUAUCAAAGACAUCAGGAACCUGUACGUGACGUUCCCCAUCCCGGACCUACAGAAGCACUACAAAUCCAACCCAGGACAUUAUCUGGGACAUCUGAUUGGUCACGAAGGACCCGGGAGUUUGUUAUCCGAGCUCAAAUCUAAAGGCUGGGUGAACACACUGGUUGGAGGGCAGAAAGAAGGAGCCAAAGGAUUCAUGUUCUUCAUCAUCAAUGUGGACCUGACUGAAGAGGGGCUCUUGCACGUUGAGGACAUCAUCUUCCACAUGUUCCAGUACAUCCAGAAGCUGCGCACUGAGGGCCCUCAGGCGUGGGUGUUUGAUGAGUGCAAGGAUUUAAACAAUGUGGCCUUCAGGUUCAAGGACAAGGAGAGACCCCGUGGCUACACCUCCAAAGUGGCCGGUCUUGUACACUACUACCCUCUUGAGGAGAUCCUGGCAGCAGAGUACCUUUUGGAGGACUUCAGGCCAGAUCUGAUCGAGAUGGUGUUGGAUAAACUGAGACCAAAACACGUCAGAGUUGCAGUGGUGUCAAAGUCAUUUGAAGGGCAAACGGACAAGACAGAAGAGUGGUACGGCACCGAGUACAAACAGGAGGCCAUUUCUGAAGAGUCCCUUGAGAAAUGGGCAAGUGCAGACCUCAACGGCAAGUUCAAAUUGCCAAUGAAAAACGAGUUCAUCCCUACCAACUUCGAGAUCUACCCUCUGGAGAAAGACUCUCCGUCCGUCCCCACUUUAAUCAAGGACACUGCUAUGAGCAAGGUGUGGUUCAAGCAGGACGAUAAGUUCUUCCUGCCCAAGGCCUGCUUGAACUUUGAGUUCUUCAGCCCGUUUGCGUACGUGGACCCAUUGCAUUGUAACAUGGCAUAUUUAUACCUUGAGCUCCUCAAGGACUCCCUCAACGAGUAUGCAUAUGCAGCCGAGCUCGCUGGCUUGAACUAUGACCUCCAAAAUACCGUCUAUGGGAUGUAUCUGUGUGUGAAAGGCUACAGUGACAAGCAGCACAUCCUGCUGAGGAAGAUCAUGGAAAAGAUGACCACCUUCGAGAUCGACGAGAAGCGCUUCGACAUCAUCAAAGAAGCGUACAUGAGGUCUCUAAAUAACUUCAGAGCGGAGCAGCCGCACCAGCAUGCCAUGUACUACCUCCGUCUGCUGAUGACCGAGGUGGCCUGGACCAAAGACGAGCUCAGAGACGCCCUGGAUGAUGUAACGCUCCCACGCCUCAAGGCCUUCAUACCUCAGCUUUUGUCACGGUUACAUAUUGAAACCCUUCUCCAUGGCAACAUCACAAAGGAGUCGGCUCUUGGCAUGAUGCAGAUGCUGGAGGACACACUCAUUGAGCACGCUCACACGAAGCCCCUCCUCCCGAGCCAGCUGACGCGCUACAGAGAGCUGCAGGUCCCAGACGGCGGCUGGUAUGUUUACCAGCAGAGGAACGAGGUGCACAACAACUGCGGCAUCGAGAUCUACUAUCAGACAGACAUGCAGAGCACCAACGACAACAUGCUGCUGGAGCUCUUCUGUCAGAUCAUCUCUGAGCCCUGCUUCAACACCCUGAGGACCAAAGAGCAGCUGGGCUACAUUGUGUUCAGCGGGCCGCGGCGGGCUAACGGAGUGCAGGGCCUGCGCUUCAUCAUCCAGUCGGAGAAGGCCCCCCACUACCUGGAGAGCCGGGUGGAGGCCUUCCUCUGCACCAUGGAGAAGUCUGUGGAGGAGAUGGCCGACGAAGCCUUCCAGAAACACAUCCAGGCCCUGGCCAUCCGCCGCCUGGACAAGCCCAAGAAGCUGUCUGCAGAGUGCGCCAAGUACUGGGGGGAGAUCAUCUCUCAGCAGUACAACUUCGACAGAGAUAACACCGAGGUGUCCUAUCUGAAGACGCUGACGAAAGAGAACGUGAUGCACUUCUACAGAGAGCGUCUGACGGUGGACGCCCCGAAGAGACACAAGGUCUCUGUGCACGUCCUCUCCAGAGAGAUGGACUCCUGUCCCAUCGUGGGGGAGUUCCCGGCUCAGAACGAUGUCAACCUGGCCCCCGCCCCCUCCCUGCCUCAGCCCACCCUGGUGCAGGACAUGACAGAGUUCAAGAGGAGCCUCCCCCUCUUCCCGCUGGUCAAACCUCACAUCAACUUCAUGGCUGCCAAACUGUGAGGGGGGGGCAGCUCCACACGCAGGAAGACCAGCAUCUCACCGAGCCUGCGUGUGUGUUUGCUUGGGUGCAUGUAAAUCUGUGUGUGUGCACGUGUGUGUGUGCACGUGUGUGUGUGCACGUGUGUCCGGCUGCAGCCUAGAGGAGACGAUCGGCAACAUACGCGUUUAAUUUGAAUCACCAUGUUGGCAACGUAGCUCAGAUAGAGGUCGCACACUCACCUUUGAGAAGCUACACACACACACACACACACACACACACACACACACACACACACACACACACACACACACACACACACACACACAUACACACACACCACUGUGUAGAGGAAAUAGUAACAACCUAUGAAAAAAGGCCACACCCCUUUUUAAUGAAGAACAUGGAGGCGUUUAAUUUGAAUUCUCUUUUCAGACAUGCUGCUUUGAGGAGUGAUGUUUGGGGUUGUUGAAGUGUAACAGUAGCACCACGUCUUUUAUCUUUUGGACUCGUAUGUUUCCACGUAACUAGGAAAGGACCGUCAAAGAGAUGAUUUCCCUGAAGGAUAUGUUUAUGCUUUUUGAUUGUUUUUAAUCCUGGCAGGUUUUGAAAUGCUUGUAAAAUGUUGGGACCCUUUGAGGAGCUGUCAGCUGGUCACAUUGAUUUUAUUGCAUUUUACAGUAGGAUGUCAUUCAGAAACCUCAGGGGAACCUCUAUGCUGUUCUUCUUUUUUUAACAUUCAGUUUUAAUAGUGAUUGAUUACAAAUAAAAACACUUUUAUCCUUCAAA